CCUUACAGUAAAUCCAACAUGGUAGACGGUGUGGGUGUUAGACGCUAACUAAAGCAACACAACAACUGAGACUUUCAAAUUAAAACACUACUGCGCAAGAGGACGUGCGCCAUGAGGGAGAGGCAGAAGAAAAAGAAGGGGAGGACGUGGGCGGAAGCCGCUAAAACGGUAUUGGAAAAAUACCCCAAUACACCCAUGAGCCAUAAAGAAAUCUUACAAGUGAUCCAAAGAGAAAGGCUUAAAGAAAUCAGUGGAACCUCUCCUCUGGCGUGCCUGAACGCCAUGCUGCACACAAACUCUCGAGGUGAAGAGGGCAUUUUUUACAAAGUUCCCGGCAGAAUGGGAGUUUACACGUUAAAGAAGGACAGCUCAGACGUGAGGAUGUCCGAGGAGCUCUCGGAUGAAAGCAGCGAUAAUCUGUCGGACUCCAGGAGCACAGAGAAGACUUCCGUCUCUGAAGAGGGCCGGACAGGAAGGUGGCUGCGACGAGUUCCCUCCAAGCUGCAGCCACAACCGUCGUCUCCGCAGCCGCAGUGCUCCUCGCCUCCCGUCUCCACCAGCAAACUCAUCUCUCCCUCCCAGAAACACAGCAAGAAAGCUCUCAAGCAGGCCUUGAAGCAACAGCAGCAGAGGAACCAGCGCAGACAAGGGGGCAUGCCAACCAUCUCCAGCUCCAGGCUGCUUCUGAAGACCAUCAAAGAAAUGACAGAGAACAUUACAACAAAGACAGCAGAGCUAUGCCACCCAGUUGUACCCAGGAAAGUUUCCCAGAGAUCUGGUGGCCUCAGUGCAGGGCAGAUAAAACGUACAAAGUACAAAAUAGAUGUGGAGACACCAGACUCUAUUUUGGUUAACACAAACCUGAGAGCAAUCAUCAACAAGCACACAUUCUCCAUUUUGCCUCCAGAUUGCCAACAGAAGCUGCUCAAACUCCUGCCUGAAGUUGACCGACAGGCGUGCUUGGAUGGUCUCCUGAAGGUCACUAGCUCUGCCUUAAACAACGAGUUCUUCACCUCGGCAGCACAGUCCUGGAAGGAGAGGCUGGCUGAAGGUGAAUUCACUCCUGAACUGCAGCUUCGAAUGCGUCAAGAAAUUGAGAAAGAAAAAAAAGUUGAGCAUUGGAAGGAAGCUUUCUUUGAACGCUAUUACGGAGAAAAUUCAGGCCUCAGCUACGUGGAAUCCAAAGAGCUGACAAAGGCCGAGUCAAAUCAGAGGUCUGCCAGGUCUCGGACCCCCCCUGACCAGACGAGACCUGUCGCUAAAGCCCGAGCGGACACCAAGGACAGAAGUCAGAUGGACUCUGCUGCUAAUGACGUUAAAUCAACAAAGACAUUGCAAGAACCUCUGAAAGGACAUCCUGGUCAGAAAGAGUCCAUCUCAGAGCCCAUGAGGACACGGCGCUCACAUAACGCUGAGGUUCGUAAGUUGAGCUCCUCUGCAGAGGCUGCUGGGUCUACGCCUGCUGGGAAAACACCAGAAGUGGAGAAACGGACUGAGAACGUUUCCCCCGUUGUGCCCCCUGAAAAGGAGCAUAAAAAAGAGAGACAACCUGAAGUCCCUCAGUCACCGGUGAAGGAAAGCCCUCCACCAAAGACUGGUCCAGAUCAGAGAGAGGAUCAGCUGGAUGCUGUAGUUAAGCCUGCUGUUGACAGUAAAGACAUCGUCAUGGAGGCCAGUGGCGUGUUAGACGCUCAGAAGAGGAAAUCACCCAGUGAGACAGACGGGGAGGAGACGCCAGAGAAAAGACCCCGUUUGUCCUCCGUUUCUUCAGUGUCUUCUGUCUCUUCUGCAUCUCCUUCAGCUUCAGCCAUGUCCAGCCCUGCAACACCUUCUUCAACCAGUCAGAGAGUUUCACCACUCAAGAUUCCUGUGUCACGUAUUCUUCCUGUUCCUCUGUCACCCAACCAGAUCUCACCAAAACCUGCUCUCCAGGCCCCACUCAGCAGCCCUGGUCGUACCGGUGCGCGCACUUUGGCUGACAUUAAAGCUAAAGCUCAGCUUGCACGAGCGCAGCGAGCAGCAGCUGCAGCCGCCUCGGCAUCAUCUGCAUCGAAGGGCGUAGUUCCAGGCCCGGGGCCAGGGGGUGGUGUUGGUGAUCAGAGGCAGCCCAGGUUUGUCCCCACCCUAACAUCCCCACAGGCAUUAACCAGGUUACCUGCCACCCCCACCAGCUGCACUCGUUCAGGAACACCCUCUCCUUGCCCAGUGAACUCUCUUGGUCUGCCAAGCUCAGACCGGUGUCAGACUGAUGACGUGCACAAAGGUCACGCAGUUAACUCUGUCAGCACAGGACUCCAACACAUUCAGAAGAGUUCAAACACAUCAGCGCAGCCUUCAUCCACGCCCGGUACACAGGAGCAGGUAGUCCCCAAGGUUUCUGGAUCUCUAACCAGAAUCAGUUCUUACAUCCCUGCAAACAACCCCCUGGUGACUCAGCUUUUGCAGGGCAAAGAGGUUCCACUGGAACAGAUCCUCCCAAAACCACUGUCCACCCUGCCCACACAGCCGUCUGCUGGUACAGUAAAAACACAUGGUGUCGAACUGAAGGCUGAAAGGCCACUGGUGCAGCAGGUCAGCACAGGAGGACAGGCUGGAGUGUUCUCAGAAUACGCUAAACACAAGAGAGAACUUCCCAGUAAGGAGACCCAGGAGCAGAUCCUCCAGGCGCUGAUGCAGAGGAACGUCCGGCAACUUUCUGGAGGUUUAGGCCCCCAGUCCUCCCAGCACAGAGUGCGUCCAAUGAUGCAUACGGAGGAGCAUCUGGACCAGUCCAGAGUUUCUGUUGGCUUUCUGCGUCGAAACCGGGUUCCCAGGCCUGCUAUGACGGGACAUUAUCUUCUCAACGUGUCAACGUACGGCAGAGGAGCAGAAAGCAAGAAGCUGUCCCUCUGUCCCACCAGAGCUGGAUCAAGUGUCAAAAGGGAAGGCACUGGGAGGGAGGAGGCCGCUGUAGAAGAACCCCCUGGUUCUGGAGUGAAAGCCGAGCCGCAGGGAUGUUCUGUAACCAAGUGUGAUGACCGAGGAAACGUUCAGCACUGCUCCACGGUCAAAACUGAGCCUGGAUCAGAGGCCAGUGCAGCUGGUGGGGACACCACCACCUGUGCAAAAGCCAAAGACACCGUCCCUUUUUCUCAGCUUCGCCAAAAUCACCUCGAACUCUGCAAUCAAGGAAACUCCGAGCCAUAUCUCUCCAACACGGACCCAAGUCACCAGCGGCCAACUGCCUUUCAAAGCCAGAGGACGCUGGGUAAUCAGGAGCCCGCGGUAGCAGCAUGCUACGGCGGCACCGUCAGCGUGUCUGUACCUCACACUCUGAACCACAGCGCCGCGAGCACAGAGGCCGAUGGAGGCAUCUGCGGGAGCGUCAUGUCCUUCUCGGUGACCGUCACCACCAUUCCUGCCAACUCCAUGUUAGAGCGCCGUAGUCCGGGCGAGCCCUCACCCAAUCAGUCCUUCACCGAGGGCUCGGACAUGGAGGACGUCCAGUCUAAAUGCUACUGCCGACUGAAGGCCAUGAUUAUGUGCAAAGGAUGUGGCGCUUUCUGCCACGAUGACUGCAUCGGCCCGUCAAAACUCUGUGUCUCCUGUUUAGUGGUACAGUGA